AUGAAGUGCGCUCCUGUUCUAUCUAAUGGAAUCGGCAGAAAUUCUAGAGCUGGUACUUCUGGUCUCAUUGAGCGCAUUUUCCCAGAGCUUUAUGCAAAACGACAAGAAUAUCUCGAGCAACUUGACGAUUCUGAAGAAAGUGACGAUGAAGAUAUUCUAGGCGAAAUCGAGCAAUUAAAGAGAAAGGGCAAAUGGUUCGAAAAAGAGGAAGUAAAAAGAGCAACGAAACCACCACCCCCAGACGAUCUCCUGGACGUCUACCGCUCCAAAACGCCAUGGGAACAUACGAAUUUUGACGAGGAAAGCUAUUCUCGGCGUGCGAAAACUUCAUCGAGACAAGGUUAA